AUGUCUAUGAUAUCGAACAUGACUAUAUUAUUAAUUAUUCUCAUAUUAAUUUUAUUUAUAUCUCAAUCUAAUGAACAACAAUUAAAAAAUGAUGAUAUAUGUAAUCCAACACGAGAAGUUUUAUGUAUAAAAGAUAUUUUAAAGGAUAUAUCAAUAAUAGCUGUUACUAUUAAUGAAACAAUAAAUAAUAUUCAAAAACAUAUUUCAAGCAAAACUAUAAAUAUUGAAAAAUUCGAUCGUUAUGUAGCACAUCAAAUGGAUUCAAUUAAUUCAUAUUUACCAAUACCAAAAUAUCAUGUGCAUUUUUUUCGAAUGAAUAAUAUUCAUAAAAAAUAUUUAGUUCAUUUAUGUUUAGAAGCGCAUGAUGCAAUAAGUUUUUAUUAUAAUUCAAUUAAUGAUAUAUUAAAUAUGAAUGAUGCAUCUUCAUCGAUAACAGAUGCUUGGUUGAAUCAAAUUCAAUCUAAUAUACGAUAUAAAAUUAUUUGUGAAUAUCGAAAUAUUUUAUAUGUUUAUUCACAUGAAUGGAAAUCAAUUAAUCAAACAAAUCGAAUAAAAUAUUCAACAAUAAAUCAUCCAACUACUCCAUCAAUUGUUCAUGAUGUUUAUACAAUUAUUAAUGUUCGAUUAUUAGAUGAAUGGAUGCUUAAAAUUCAUUCAGUUAUUAAUAAUCUUGAAACAAAAUUUGUUUGA